UCUACACCGUGCUGCUGUUCAUCACUGCCUGCCUGCAGACCCUCGUGCUGCACCAGUACUUCCACAUCUGCUUCGUCAGUGGCAUGAGGAUCAAGACCGCUGUCAUUGGGGCUGUCUAUCGGAAGAACCUGGGCCCUUCUGUCUUCGCUGGAGUGGCGGUGAUGGUCCUCAUGGUGCCCGUCAAUGCUGUGAUGGCAAUGAAGACCAAGAUGUAUCAGGUGGCCCACAUGAAGAGCAAAGACAAUCGGAUCAAGCUGAUGAACGAAAUUCUCAAUGGGAUCAAAGUGCUAAAGCUUUAUGCCUGGGAGCUGGCAUUCAAGGACAAGGUGCUGGCCAUCAGGCAGGAGGAGCUGAAGGUGCUGAAGAAGUCUGCCUACCUGUCAGCCAUGGGCACCUUCACCUGGGUCUGCACGCCCUUCCUGGUGGCCCUGUGCACAUUUGCCGUCUACGUGACCAUUGACAAGAACAACAUCCUGGAUGCCCAGACAGCCUUUGUGUCUUUGGCCUUGUUCAACAUCCUCCGGUUUCCCCUGAACAUUCUCCCCAUGGUCAUCAGCAGCAUCGUGCAGGCGAGUGUCUCCCUCAAACGCCUGAGGAUCUUUCUCUCCCAUGAGGAGCUGGAACCUGACAGCAUCGAGCGACGGCCUGUCAAAGACAGUGUGUGUGUGUUCGGUCCUGGUUUCUGGAAGUGGCUGCCUUCCCAUCUCCUACUGGGUCCUCCCUACUUGCAUUUCUUUGCCUUGGCUGCCCUCAGGUUUGACUCUGCCCAGCCGCUUGUCUGCAAGACCCCGGGGGACAUGGGUUCUGCAGAGCCGACGCGGAUCUUGGUCAUGCACAGCAUGAGCUACUUGCCACAGGUGGAUGUCAUCAUCGUCAUGAGUGGCGGCAAGAUCUCUGAGAUGGGCUCCUACCAGGAGCUGCUGGCCCGAGACGGCGCCUUCGCUGAGUUCCUGCGUACCUAUGCCAGCACAGAGCAGGAGCAGGACCCAGAGGAGAACGGUAGGGGCAGCCCCAGGGUUCCUCCCGCUCGGGGUGUCUGGCGCCUUGAAGGGCCACAUUGGCCUCUUUGA